UUGAAUGGGUCGGCGUGGCCACGUGUAUGUUGCAAGUUACAAAGAAGAACGCGCUUGGAAAUCUAGCUGUGACGCUUGCACUAAUAAAAAGAAAUCGGUCUGAAUUCUCGCGAUCAAUAAUUCUGGCCACCGUUUAAUCAAACUCAAUGCAAGUUCAUCCAAAGCGCUCUUUCCACCAGCCAAUCUUAGCCUUUAAGAGGCGGGGGAUAUAGAGCAUCAUGUGCAAGAUGAUCUCCCAAUACACUGACUGACAGAGAACGGAGCGCUAGAAACUUUUCAGAAAGCACCAAGUGUUUGCAUCUAAGAUGGUAUCGAUUAAACGUUUGACAUCUAUGUUCUCUGUGUCUUGGGAGCAAACGCUCACAUGUCUGGGCAGUUUGUUCGUUACACUCUUCAUUUUUCUGGUAAUUCGCCAGCUGGUAAAGCAGCGGAGACCCCGAGGGUUUCCCCCUGGACCGACACCUUUACCCAUGAUAGGGAAUAUUCUGUCCCUGGCCACAGAGCCUCACGUCUACAUGAAGAGGCAGAGUGAUAUCCACGGUCAGAUUUUCAGUCUAGACCUGGGAGGAAUCUCGACUGUUAUUCUAAAUGGUUAUGAUGCCAUUAAAGAGUGCCUAUAUCACCAAAGUGAGGUUUUUGCAGAUCGUCCAUCCCUCCCUUUAUUUCAGAAGAUGACAAAAAUGGGAGGCCUUCUGAACUGCAAAUACGGUCGAGGCUGGAUUGAACACAAUAAACUGGCCGUGAACUGCUUCCGCUACUUUGGCAGCGGUCAGCAGAUGUUUGGGAGGAUUUCAGAGGAGUGCUUAUUUUUUCUCGAUGCCGUUGACCAGCAUCAGGGAAAGCCCUUUAACCCGAAGCAUCUUGUGACCAAUGCUGUCUCCAACAUCACCAACCUCAUUAUCUUUGGGCAACGUUUCACCUACGACGACAGCGAUUUUCAACACAUGAUUGAGAUCUUCAGCGAGAAUGUGGAGCUGGCAGCCAGUGGCUGGGCUUUCCUGUACAACGCCUUCCCCUGGAUGGAGUACGUGCCCUUCGGGAAGCACCAAAAACUCUUCCGCAAUGCCAACGAGGUCUACAACUUCCUACUGCAUAUCAUCGAGCGCUUCUCACAGGAUAGAGUACCCCAGUCGCCGCAACAUUACAUUGAUGCCUACUUGGACAAAAUGGAGCAGAGCGCCACUGAUAAAGCUACAUCUUUCUCUCAAGAUAAUCUGAUUUUCUCUGUUGGAGAGCUCAUCAUUGCAGGCACAGAGACUACCACAAAUUGUCUGCGCUGGGCUAUGCUCUACAUGGCUCUGUAUCCCAGGAUACAAGAAAAGGUCCAAAUGGAGAUCGAUUGCAUCCUGAAUGGCAGACCACCUGCUCUUGAAGACAAGCAGAGGAUGCCGUAUGUGGAAGCAGUGCUGCAUGAAGUCCUGCGCUUUUGCAAUGUCGUCCCACUGGGCAUCUUCCGGGCUACGUCUCAAGAUGCGGUGGUGCGUGGCUACACUAUCCCCAGGGGCACCAUGGUCAUCACUAACUUGUACUCGGUGCAUUUCGAUGAGAAGUACUGGAGUGACCCAUCCAUCUUCUGCCCAGAGCGGUUCCUUGAUUGUAACGGCAAAUUUGUCCGCCAUGAAGCAUUUCUCCCUUUCUCUAUAGGUAAGCGGCACUGUCUGGGAGAGCAGUUGGCUAGGCUUGAGAUGUUCUUGUUCUUCACCACAUUGCUCCAGAGGUUCCAUCUUCACUUCCCCGAAGGCUUUAUUCCAAGUCUCUCUCCAAAAUUAGGCAUGACCCUUCAGCCUCGACCGUACUCCAUAUGUGCCAUCAGAAGGCAGCAGUAAACCUUGCCCAAUGAGCUCUGGAACACAUGCACUCACCUCCGGGGAUCUUACUAAGAAAUGCAAACGUGAGCAGAGCAUUUCCCCGUCUUAAAUUCCAUCAGCGGGGAAUACUGACCUCUAAUAUUGACUUGUUAAAUUCUCAGAACGUGUCCUCCAUAGUUUCACAGAACCCAGCCUGAGAGUGAUAAGAGUACUGUUAUACAGAACACAUGCUCUGGAGAGCAAAGAAUGAGCACAUGUGUGUUACCCAAGAGAAUGUACAUGAGGGUAUCAGGAUAAAUGUAGCAUGUAUCUUUCAUAACUUGAACCAAUAAGUGUACUGUGUAGCAAACCGAAUGUUGUGCUUGUCAAUAUGAGAAGAACUAUUGUGUCAAUGAUUGACAGGGUUUACCUAUAUAUUGAUUUUGAGGUCUGUCUUUUCCAGCAUUCCUCCAUUUCUGGAGUCAGAACAGCUGCCUUUCCCAGAAAGUUUUGGAAAUGCUUCAUGACUCCCAUUGGUUUAAUGCCAUAUAUCAAUUCUGCAAUAACAGCCCUGUCCCUAGUUUAUCUCAGUGGAAAGAGACUGUCGAGAAACUUGAGCUCCAAUAUUUCUGACUGAAAAAUGGUACUUUCAUGAAAAGCUGGACUCCAAUAUACAUUUUAUAGCUCAAUAUUAUUUUUACUUCGCUUUUAACAAGUUUUUCUCU